AUGGCAAGAAACAUUCCAAGACAACAGCCUAUGUAUAUUUCAACACUUAAUAUCAAUGUUGAUGAUCUUGAUGCACAAUCUCAAGAAGAUUACAGAUAUCAACAUAGUUCACAAGAAACAAUAUCAUUAAAGUCGCCCAAAACCAAUACUCGUUCAUAUUUAAUGAUAUUAGUUGUGAUUCUUAUUAUCAUUACUUUGUUAUCCAUAGUAGCAUUAGUUAUUGGCAUUUAUUCACUCGCUUUGACUAUGAAAAAUUCUGCGACAAAUACAGUAGUAUCCGCAACAACAGUAAAUACAGCAACAAUAAGUGCAUCUGCUGAAUGUUCAUCCUCACCUCUUACAACAUAUCAGGUCUCAACUACAGUACCACCUCAAUGUUCAAAUUAUACGCUUAACACCGAUGAAACACGUAAUAUUGCCUAUACAAGUUCGCUUAAUUACUGUGAUAAUAUAUUACCAUUCAAUAGCACUACACCUGUAUGGAUUCGUUUUCAAGAUCAAGCAGGAACAUUAAUAGCUAAAUCUCCUGUACCACCUAAUUCUUGUGGUAGUACUGCCACUGGAUGGUAUGCUGGUCAAUAUCCAAGCGCAUUUUUUACUACAGCAACAAGUAUUGUCUGUUUCUUUUAUGCAGCGAAUACCUGUUAUGCUUGUAAUUCAAUAUCAAUAACAAAUUGUCAAACAUUCUACGUAUUUUUACUUCCUGUAACACCAUCCUGUAAUUAUCGUUACUGUACUUUAUGA